AUGGCAAGUAACGGUAUCCAUAUCAGCCCAAACGUUGGAGUACCAACUGGUUCUGGUGAGAAUGUGGAUCAUUUAAGCGACCCCCAGGAACAAGAAUCCUCUGAAACCAAUCAACAAAUGACAUUGGAUGGCCCUUCGGUUAGUGAAAAACAAGAGCAGUCAUUGGAAAAUAUUAAACACAGCACCAGUUACAAUAACGGAGACAAGACAUCUGAUAUAGAUGAGGUGGAUGAUGUCUUGGAGUCUCAGAGCAUACUUAUUUUGCUGUCCAGCCAGUGUAUCACAAAGCAGGUUAUCUGCGAGCAGAGCCGUCUAUCCCGUAUAAGAUACUACGGAAAUUUUGAUGUUUCCUUAGGACGCUAUUUGCAAGACAUUUUGCAGAAGCAGAAUCUCAGCUGUUCCUCAUGUGGAGAGCCUCCAGAGGCUCACAUGUAUUCCUACACUCACCGCAACGGGAAUCUGACUGUUCUUGUGAAGUGCUUGCUGCCUAAAUAUUGUUUACCUGGUGAAUCAGAAGGAAAGAUUUGGAUGUGGACUAGAUGUCUAAGAUGUGAACAUGAAAAUGGGAACUCCACAUCAUCACGAAGGGUGAUAAUGUCAACUGAAGCACACUACCUUUCAUUUGGGAAGUUCCUUGAACUCAGUUUUUCAAGCCACUCAACUGCUAGAAGGCUGUCAAUAUGCGGGCAUUCACUCAAUAGGGAUUGUCUGCGCUUUUUUGGGUUGGGCUCCAAAGUUGCAAUGUUCCAGUAUUCCUCAGUCGAAAUUUACAAUGCCUGCAAACCACAGCCUACUCUUGAGUUUCAUAAUCCCAAUAUGCAUGAGUGGUACGGGCAAGAGGUUCUUGCUACAGGAGUUACACUUUUCUCUGAAGUCACAAGCGUACUACAGAAGCUGAAGGAUCAGUUUCCUGAGCUAGCAAUCUAUCGUGGUGCCUUCUUUCCUGUUAAAAACUUUUCCCAACUUGAAGAGAUGUUGAUUAAAGAGAAGGCUGAGUUCAUGGAUUCUCUAGCAAAGGCUGUUGAUCGAAAUAGGGAAUCAAGCUCUGUGGAUGAUAUCCUUAAUGUAAAUUGGCUCUAUCAGGAUCUUCUGCUGGAACUUUAUGUGUGGGACCGCCGCCUGCAUCAAUUUGUAGACUGUACAUCUGCUGAAAAUGCAAUAGUGGGAAAUGGCAUCACGGAAACCUCUGAAUUUACAUGUGACCAAACUGCCGUAGUUGUUGAAGCAGGUGGGAUCGGUGAGCGCAUGAGCAGCAAAGCAUCAUUUGCGAAUAGAUGUAUCGAGCCAGAGAAGUUCAGUGAACCAGGGACGUACAGACAUGCAUCAACCUUGCUUGAUGAUGCAUGGAAUAAGCAUUACAAUGAUCAGCAUAGCACAAAAGUGCCAUCUUCCGGGGCCUCAAAUUGCUUGGGUGUUCAGAGCAAUAUUCCGCAACGGUGUGACGGGGAAAAAUGUGUUUGGAACCCACUGAAUGAGUCCAGAUUGGCUUACAGGCAGGAAGUGGAAGUUGGAUGUUUGGAAAGGUUUCAAGUCGUCAACCACUAUCGUCCAACUCAUUUAUCCCCCUUGCACAAACACAGACAAUCUGCCGAGGAGAUGGGCUCUCCACAGUUCACAGUCGGUCCAGGUGGCAGUAUCUUGUGUGUAUCAGAGGAUGAGAUAUCCAGUAUAAUAUCCCGAGCUCUUGCUAUAUCUGAGGAUCGUCGCCACUUAAUGAUGGAUGCUAUUGCUGAGACUGAACCAGCAGAUAUCAGGGGUAGAGAGUAUGCUAAAACAAUGGAGAAGUCUUACAGCUCCGUAUCUGAAAGUUCCUCUGCUUCUUUGUCCUGGUCGUCAUCUUUUGGAUCUUCAGAUUCUGAGGCAAGCAUUUCAUCUGACGACCUCUCCAGCUAUGAUAGCUCACUUCUAUCAACCUCUCUCCAUCCAGAAAUAUCUGUCAACGGGAGAAUAGUUCUCAAAGGGAAGUACUCAGUCAUCUGUGUACACUCUAACCAGUUCUACAACCUCCGAAGGAAAUGCUGCCCCUCAGAGCUUGCAUAUAUUACUUCCUUGAGCCGUUGCAAGAAGUGGGAUGCUCAAGGCGGAAAGAGCAAGGCAUUCUUUGCAAAAACAAUGGAUCACAGGCUCAUCAUAAAGCAAAUAAAGAAGGCAGAGUUUGAGUCCUUCAUAAAAUUUGCGCCUGAUUACUUCAAGCAUGUUAACCAUUCUCUGGACACGGGGAGCCAAACUUGCCUUGCCAAAAUCUUAGGAAUCUAUCAGGUCAAGCAAAUAAGACAUGGCAAGGAGAUUAAGAUGGAUCUGAUGGUGAUGGAAAACAUCCUGUUUGGACACAAUGUGUCACGGACAUAUGAUCUGAAAGGCGCCAUAUUUUCGCGAUAUGUCUCCGAUUCAAAUGACCAUGGCACCGUCUACUUGGACCAAAACUUUGUGGAUGACAUGCGUGUUUCUCCAAUCUAUAUUGGUGGAAGAGCAAAGCAUCUCUUGGAGCGGGCAAUCUGGAAUGAUACGUCUUUUCUCACGUCGAUCAAUGUUAUGGACUACUCUUUGCUGGUUGGAGUGGACAGGCAGAAGCAUGAGCUCGUAUUCGGCAUCAUCGACUACCUGAGGCAGUAUACAUGGGACAAGCAGCUGGAGACAAUGGUGAAAGUGUCUCUGGUGGUGCCCAAGAAUGAAUCGCCAACGGUGAUUUCCCCCAGGGAUUACAAGAAGAGGUUCAGGAAGUUCAUGAGCAAGCACUUCCUGACAGUUCCAGAUGACUGGAGCACAGAGAAUCCGCCGUCGGUGGAUUGCAAGUCAUGUGCUCACGGUGGCAACACCACCAAGUUGUCGGGAGUGGUCGAUGAGAAGCCUCAGCAUCCAAGCCCAAUCCUGGCGUGCGCUUAA